CAAUCAUGAAUCAGGUAAUGCAGUUGGUUAAGCCAAAUUGGCAGUUUGUAAAGGACUCUAUUUGGCUGGUUCAAAGAUGCCCCAAACCUGAUAGAAAAGAACUUCAAAAGAUUGCCAUGGCAACAGUGAUAGGAUUUGCUAUGAUGGGAUUCGUUGGCUUCUUUGUGAAACUGAUCCAUAUCCCUAUUAAUAACAUUAUUGUUAGUGCCUGAAUACGUUUUCAAGAGUGUUUUUCAUUUUAGAGACUGGUGAAAAACUGAGGAUUUGAGAAGUUCAUGGAAUAAAAAUUUGCCUAUAUAUUUUGUCAUUUUUUUCUUCCAAGAUGUUUCUUAUUUCUAAAUUAAAAUAAUUUCAAAGUUAAAAAAAA